UCCCAUCCUAUCUUGCCAGUUUGCCAACGUCUCCCUUCGAUCCUCCGCCUCCUUCGACGACACUCUUAUCCUUUUUAAUUUCCUUUGUUUUGACGGCUGCCUAUUGACGUUGCGUGGCCCUGUCAUUUACCCCCCCUAGUCCCGGCCCUACACUUGCUUAUCGCCAUCGAGAGCGGCAAAAUCCCCACGAUAACCAUCGCCCAUUUCCGCCCGAGACACACUCGCAGCCCCUCCCUCACCGACCACCUCCGCCCUCCGCCGUACCAUCUGCCCUGGCCGAUCGAGAGAAAGAAACCCGCGUUCAACAAGAAAGGAGCGUGGAUACGAUACAUCGCCAGGGGCGGUAUUGCACGGUCGUCCUAGGUAUCGGCUUUUUUUAGGCUUCCCUUUUUUGGCAAAAGGAUAGAGAUUAAAUCUGUUUUAUCGAGAUGUUGUCUUGGUUUGGUGGCUCGGCGGCCCAGAAGCGGAAGGAUGCGCCUAAGAAUGCGAUCCUGAUGCUGCGGGAGCAACUGGAUAUGCUGCAAAAGAGGGAGAAACACUUGGAGACGCAGAUGGAUGAGCAGGAGUCGAUUGCUAAGAAGAAUGUCACGGCGAAUAAGAACGCGGCCAAGGCGGCCCUGCGACGGAAAAAGCUCCACGAGAAGAACCUCGAACAGACAACGGCACAGAUCACCCAGCUCGAGCAGCAGAUCUAUUCGAUUGAAACGGCGAAUAUCAACCAGGAGACCUUGAACGCGAUGAAGGCGGCUGGUGCAGCGAUGAGCCAGAUCCACGGUGCCAUGACGAUCGACAAGGUCGACGAGACUAUGGACCAACUCCGCGAACAGCACCAGCUCGGCGACGAGAUCGCGCAGGCGAUCUCGAGCAACCCGCUUGGCGAACAGCCCGACGAGACAGAGCUGGACGAAGAGCUCCAGGGCCUGGAGCAGGAAGCCAUGGACGAGAAGAUGCUCAGCACGGGAACGGUACCUGUCGCGGACCAGCUGGGCAGGUUACCGUCUGCUGCGAAUGGACCGAUCAAAGAACACGCUCCCCCGAAGUCACAGGAAGAAGACGAGGAAGCAGAGCUGGAGAAGCUUCGUGCAGAGAUGGCCAUGUGAUCGUCAUCUAUCUCUCCUCUGUACUUCCUCUUUCCCUUCCCCCCUCGGCCUCCUUUUCAUUACAUUGCACUGCACUGUUGGCGAGGAUAUUACGCUAUGCUACGCGCGGGGUUUUGAUUUUUAUUGAUUGAUUGAUUGAUUGAUUGAUUGGGAGUGUCAUUUGCGUUGCGCCAACAACCGGAGUUUAUCCAUCUACUACUACCUACUAUCUAUA